AUGGAAUAUGCUAAAAAGUCACUCAACCUCCUGAAUCUGUCUUCCUUCUCAAAGUGUAUGACUGCCAGCAUGUCAGCCAGUGCCUCAGUAACCCAGCAGCUUCUGUCAAGACGACCACCUCGACCAAAGCCUUACCGAGUGACUAAUGCUGACCGCAGUUUGAAGAAGGGCAUCAUGGCAGAUGCGUUAGAAGACCUUAUCAGCAAGGUGAGCGACUCAUUAAAUGUACUGUGUGCCAGCAGCCUUGUGCUGGAUGAAGAUGGCACAGGUGUGGAUACUGAAGAGUUCUUCACAACGCUGCCCGAAAACACCGUCCUCAUGGUACUGGAGAAAGGGCAGAAGUGGACUCCAUCUCAGAACAGCCACUGGAGAGACGAGCUCAGCAAUCAUAGGCCGCACCACCGGACAGAUGUGGCCAAGCUGACGUUUGACCUCUACAAGAACAACCCCAAUGAUUUUAUUGGCUGCUUGAAUGUCAAGGCAACACUUUAUGGUGUUUAUUCCUUGUCCUAUGAAGUGCGCUGUUAUGAGGCGAAAAAAAUGUUGAAGGAGGCUUUGCGAUGGACUGCCUUCUCCAUGCAGGCUACUGGCCACAUCCUGCUGGGCUCAUCCUGGUACAUGGAGCAGCUUCUGGAUGAGGAGCGAGCAGAGAAUGGCCUGAUGCUGCAUCAUGAGAGCCGGAUGCUGCAUCAUGAGAGCCGAAUCAGUCAGCUGCAGAGCUUUUUGUUGGGUCGAGCCACCUACUGA